ACUUUCACUUUCAGUUGAGAAUAUAUAAUAAGGGCGAGCCGGCGGGUGACGACCAGAGAGCUGAGCACGGAGCGGGCGACCUACCUGCACGGUGAGGACGGAUUUUCUCAUCAGAAUUUGCAUCGUGUAAAGUCACAUUUUCCGAUAAUGGAGCGUCCAGUGUGUCUGAUAGAGAACCACGAGGAUGGGACCAUCCGGGUGAAUCAGGAGGCCCUGGAAAUCUUAUCCCGCUUUCCUCAGAAGGUGGUUGUUGUGGCCAUAGUCGGGAAAUACCGGACCGGGAAGUCCUAUCUGAUGAACAGACUGGCGGGGUGUAAAAAUGGCUUCUCCUUGGGCUCGACAGUCCAGUCCAUGACUAAAGGUAUCUGGAUGUGGUGCGUUCCUCACCCUGUGAAACAUGGGCACACCCUGGUGCUGCUGGACACAGAAGGCCUGGGUGACGUGGAGAAGGGAAACAGUGAGAAUGAUUCCUGGAUUUUCGCCCUCGCCGUUCUUCUCAGCAGCACCCUGGUAUUUAACAGCGUAGGGACAAUCGACCAGCAGGCCAUGGAUCAGCUCCAUUAUGUCACUGAACUGACUGAGAAAAUAAAAGUGAAAUCCACCGAGCAAGCAGAGUUAGAAGAUGAUUCAUCAGAGUUCAAGAGAUUUUUCCCGUCCUUCGUAUGGUGUGUUCGAGAUUUCAACCUUCAGCUGCAAAUAGAUGGGAAGGACAUCACCGAGGACGAGUAUCUGAAAAAUGCCUUGAAGCUGAAGAAAGGAAUGAGUGUCUCAGUGCGGAAUUACAACCUACCCCGGGAGUGUAUCCUCCAUUACUUCCAUUCACACAAAUGUUUUGUGUUUGAUCGUCCGGCAUCUAAGCUGGAUCUCCAGAACAUGGAUAAAGUGCAGGACUCUCAGCUGGACCCUGCCUUUAUACAACAGACAAAAAAGUUCUGUGAGUACAUUUAUGAGAAGAGUCCAGUUAAAGCCCUAUCAGGCGGGUACACGAUAACCGGGAGAGGUCUUGGGGACGUCGCAGUCUCCUAUGUAGAGGCGAUCCGCAGUGGUUCCAUUCCUUCAAUGGAAAAUGCAGUUAUUGCAUUGGCGAAGAUUGAGAAUUCUCGAGCCGUAGAAGACGCUUUAUCUAAGUAUGACGAGAUGAUGGCUCUCCAUGUCUGCAGAUUUCCAACUGAGACACAAGAGGAGUUUCUGAACCUGGACAAGGAAUGUCAUUCUGAAGCGGUGAAAGUCUUUAUGAAACUCUCCUUCAAUGAUACAGAUCAAGAAUACCAGGCCAGGCUAAUAGAAGCGUUGGGUAAUAGAAAGGCAGAGUAUCUGCAGAGAAAUGAAGAGGCGUCUGAGAGGAGGUGCAGAGCUAUACUGCAGGAGCUGAGCGCGGGGCUGGAGAACGGAAUCAAGGAAGGAAGGUUCUCUGUGCCCGGGGGAUAUAAGAUGUUCACUGAGGAGAAGAGAUCUCUGGAGACGGAGUAUCUGAAGGUCAAAGCCAAGGGGGUAAAGGAGGGAAGAUUCCAUCCGGCUGAUGCCCUACACCCCCCAGCCAUACAAAACACACAGAGACUCUUUCUUUGGUGUAAGGCCGUAGAAGCCAAGUUUAUUAACAAACCGUCUCCAUUUAUUUCUCCAGAGCAGCAUUCACAGACUGAAGCUGCAGCAAGAGAGAAGGAGAUCCUGGAAAAAGCUAACGUGGAGCUGAAGAGGAACCAAGAGAAGGAGCAGGAGAAUUACAAGCUUCACAUGGAAAUGCUGGAGAAGAAAAUGCUGGAGGAAAGGGAGAAGAUGAAGGAACAGAAUGAGUGGCUGAUAGGAGAGAAACUGAAGGAACAACAAGAGAUGCUGGCCGGGGGCUUCAAAAGGCAAUGUCAAUCGCUGGAGGACGAGAUCAAGCGACUACAAGUGGAGAACAACGAGCCCACGUCAUUAAUAGGAGAAAUCAUCACCGGCAUAUUACCCGGGAAUUUAGGGAAAUUAGUGAAAAAGGUGUUUCUAUAGGAGGAAUAUACAGUAUAUGCCGUCGGCCUAGUGCAGGGCCUGAGAGGGCGAGGAAUGACCCGAGGAUUCGAAGAUCUUCAAGUCAUGGCACCUACCUCAGACCCUGCGCUAUGCAGAGUGCUCCUUUACACAUAUCUUGUAGCCAAGUAUAAUAAAUGACAAGAAAUACACAUUUACUCAUCUACUUUAAAGAGCACCUGUCAGUAGGAUCCACAGCAUUAACCCCGACAUGCUGUCUGGUAGGGUUGAUCCUUCUGAUUAGAAUGCUACCAGUCUUGUGAAAAUCCACUGCGGCAUUCCUGAGAAA